GUUCAUGUUGGUGUAUCAGGUGUAGCUAACACAAUAACAUUAGAACAAUAUGCUCAUAAUGAUGGUUACAACAGAAAUGACAACCGUGGUAAAUGUCCAAAGCAUUUUUGCUGUAAAGAAGAAGGGUCACAGACAUUAAAGUCAACAAUAAAUAUGAAGGAAAUAGUGGAAUGUCAGCACUUGCAAGAAUGUAAUGUACAAGCUGUUACUUCUAAUGACCCUGGAAGAUAUCUCUGUGACUACAUUUACUACACAUCGCUGUCCAUGAAGAAGAACCAUGUUGCAUUCAUACACGUCCCACCACUUAACAAACCUUUCAAUGGAAAACAACUCGCUGACGGUUUGCGCGUUGUCAUACAAGCAAUGCUGGAACAGGUUUCAACAAAAGCUGCGUGAGAUUUUAUGAUUUUACUUUUAUCAGGUACUUAACAUGUGCUCAGUAUGUUGGAAUUAUAAAAGCAUGUUAUCUUCUUUCUGUUUUCCCAUAUGCAGAUCCUGAUUAGUUUUUCUGACAAUCAGACCUUUAUGUUUAUGUCAUUUUAUAGAAAUCAAAUAUUUUCUCGUUAAACUUAUUUAUUUCUAUAUAUCAUCAACGUCUUCAUAUUGCUUGAUUGUAUCCACACACAUAAUACUUAACUUUAAAUCUGAUGAAUCUUUUCUGGCAAUUCAUUCAUGUCCGUUGUUUAAACAUCCUUUUUUGGUCCUCUUUAUCAGAGUGAAACUUUGUUAUAAGAUUUAAAAUUGCCAGAACAGCUUCAUCAGAUUUAUACUCUGCCUGGCAACAACAGUUUUUUUAACCUCAUUUAUAAAAAAAGAUUUAUUUUAAACAGAUGGCUUAUUAAAACUGAUAAAAAAUAGGACUUUUUCUCUGCUUUUUUCCAUAGCCAUACAAUUUAAACACUCGUUUUUUGUUAGAUUUCCCCCAAAGUUUUGUUCAUACUGUAUGGGCAUAAUUAUUUUAUUAUACACCCGCAGAAUGUAUGUUUUCUCCAACAGUGUCAUUUUAUUGUUUUUCGUUUUAUUCUUUAUAAAAGCAGUCAGUUCCCUAGUUUUUCGUAAUCUGUGCAAGUGUUGUUGUAACCGAAGCUGUCAUUUAUAUACCACACUGAUAUAUGUGAUUUCUAUUCUCAAUAAUAUCUUUUCUAUGUUAGUUGUGAACAAAGAAAGCUGAAUUAA